AACGGAGAGCAUCUGCGGAAGCAGAUCCCGAAGGGCGCGGGUGGGCCUGUCCGAGUGUUGGGAUUUGAGCUUCGGCUGUUUGAACCCAGGAUCUCGAAAUGCAUGGUGAUUGCUGUCCAUUAGAUUGUAAGGUGUAUGUAGGUAAUCUUGGAAACAAUGGAAACAAGACUGAAUUAGAAUGGGCUUUUGGCUAUUAUGGACCACUCCGAAGUGUGUGGGUUGCUCGAAAUCCUCCUGGCUUUGCGUUCGUUGAAUUUGAGGAUCCCCGAGAUGCCGCUGAUGCUGUCCGAGAGCUAGAUGGAAGAACACUGUGUGGCUGCCGUGUGAGAGUGGAACUUUCGAAUGGUGAAAAGAGAGGUCGGAAUCGUGGCCCACCUCCCUCCUGGGGUCGUCGUCCUCCACCUCGGCGAAGAUCUCCAAGAAGGAGAAGCUUCCCUCGAAGCCGGAGCAGGUCACUUUCUAGAGAUAGGAGAAGAGAAAGGUCUCUGUCUCGCGAGAGAAAUCACAAGCCGUCUCGAUCCUUCUCUAGGUCUCGUAGCCGAUCUAGGUCAAAUGAAAGGAAGUAGAAGACCAGUUUGCAAAAGAAGUGAUGUACAGGAAAGAACUUCAUUUGACAGGAGUAUGUACAGGAAAUUCAAGUUUGUUUGAGACUUCAUAAGCUUGGUGCAUUUUUAAGAUGUUUUAGCUGUUCAAAUUUGUUUUGUCUCUUGGAACGGUGACAUACAACGAUGUAAUUCUCUAUGGUUCCAAGUGGAUCCUAGGAGGCAGGUAAUAUCAAGAAGUGUUACUUUACAAUGGUCCCUUAACCAAGAUUGAAUUUGCUUUGAACUUUAGUUUAGACUGAAAUAAACCUAGAUCCUGCCCAGUUAAAGUG